UGCUCACCGCUCUGUGACGCGCGGAGCGUAAACAAAGUGGUGCACUGUGGGAAGGGGGACUCGUUCCGCGCAGGAAGAGCUGGCCUCCAUCUUAGGCGCUCGGCGCGUCGCGGCGGCGGCGGGAUGGCGGCGGACAGCCGGGAGGAGAAAGAUGCAUGUUUGGACCCUUCCUUGAGCAGAUUUAACUCUUAUGGCCAGCAGAGAAAAAAAACUUCCCUGGGUUACUUUUUUGCUGUUUCAGAUGGUGAACUGAAUGUUCUGGAUGACAUUUUGACUGAUGCUCCUGACCAAGAUGAUGAGUUGUAUAACCCUGAUAGUGAGCAAGAUAAAAGUGAGAAAAAGGGAUCAAAAAGAAAAAGUGACAGGAUGGAAAAUGCUGAAAGCAAAAGACAAAAACCUUCUGUACAUUCUUCAAGGCAAAUGAUGCCAAAGCCACCUAGUUCAUCAGUUAGCAAUAACAAGAGACUAGUGAGUACGAAAGGAAAGCCAGUAUCAGAAUACAAGAAUGAGGAAUAUCAGAGAUCGGAUAGAAACAAGCGUCCAGAUGGUGAUCGAAAGACACGCAUGUCGAGCAGUUCCAGGGAACCUUAUAAAGGACAAGCAGAAAAAACUUGCAUGCGGAAGAGGGAUAUUGACAGAAGGGCAAAGUCUUCCACACCAGAUGGUUCAGAGAGAAUCAGGCAUGAUAUGGAUAGACGGCCAAGCAGAUCCAGCCAUUCUUCCAAAGAAGAGGUGAAUUCUGAGGAGUAUUGCUCGGAUCAUGAGACUGGCAGUAGCGGCUCCUCUGAACAAGGCAAUACAGAGAAUGAGGAGGAAGGAAUGGAGGAAGAGGAAGAUGAUGAAGGGGAGGAGGAUGAAGAGGUGGAAGAAGAUGGGGAGGAGGACGAAGAAGAGUAUGAACAGGAUGAGCGAGACCAGAAGGAAGGAAAUGACUAUGACACACGAAGUGAAGCCAGUGAUUCUGAUUCUGAAUCCGCAUCUUUCACAGAUGGGUCAGUCAGAUCUGGUUCCGGCUCAGAGGCAUCGGAUGAGAAAAAGAAGGAGAGGAAGAGAGCCAGAGGUAUCUCUCCAAUUGUUUUUGACAGAAGUGGAAGUUCUGCAUCAGAAUCAUAUGCAGGUUCAGAAAAGAAGCAUGAGAAAUUAUCAUCUUCCGUUCGUGCUGUCCAAAAAGACCAAACAAGUAAACUUAAAUACAUUCUCCAAGAUGCAAGAUUUUUUCUCAUCAAGAGCAAUAACCAUGAAAACGUGUCACUUGCUAAAGCUAAGGGAGUGUGGUCAACGCUUCCAGUCAAUGAAAAGAAGCUUAAUGCUGCAUUUAGAUCAGCAAGGAGUGUUAUUUUGAUAUUUUCUGUAAGAGAGAGUGGUAAAUUCCAAGGAUUUGCAAGGCUGUCUUCAGAGUCCCAUCAUGGAGGAUCACCUAUACACUGGGUGCUGCCUGCAGGAAUGAAUGCAAAGAUGUUGGGAGGUGUCUUCAAAAUUGAUUGGAUUUGCAGGCGUGAAUUGCCCUUCACUAAAUCUGCUCACCUGACCAAUCCUUGGAAUGAACAUAAGCCAGUAAAGAUUGGACGCGAUGGACAGGAAAUUGAGCCGGAAUGUGGAACCCAGCUUUGUCUUCUGUUCCCUCCUGAUGAAAGUAUUGACUUGUAUCAAGUCAUUCAUAAAAUGAGGCACAAGAGAAGAAUGCAUUCACAGCCCCGAUCAAGAGGACGCCCAUCCCGUCGAGACCCCGUUCGGGACGUGGGAAGGCGUCGACCAGAAGAUUAUGAUAUUCAUAACAGCAGAAAGAAACCAAGGAUUGACUAUCCCCCUGAGUUUCACCAAAGACCAGGGUAUAUAAAGGAUCCCAGGUAUCCCGAAGUAGACAGACGAUUUUCAGGAGUUCGCCGAGAUGUAUUUUUAAAUGGGUCCUAUAAUGAUUACGUGAGGGAAUUCCACAACAUGGGACCACCACCACCAUGGCAAGGAAUGCCACCGUAUCCAGGUAUGGAGCAGCCGCCACACCACCCUUACUAUCAGCACCAUGCACCUCCACCUCAAGCUCACCCUCCAUACUCAGGACAUCAUCCUGUACCACAUGAAGCAAGAUACAGAGACAAACGAGUACAUGACUACGACAUGAGGGUAGAUGAUUUUCUUCGCCGCACACAAGCAGUUGUCAGCGGUCGGAGAAGCAGGCCUCGCGAGAGGGACCGAGAGCGGGAGCGGGACCGUCCUAGAGAUAAUAGAAGAGACAGAGAACGUGACAGAGGCCGUGAUCGGGAAAGAGAGAGAGAGAGGAUUUGUGACCGGGACAGAGACAGAGGUGAAAGAGGUAGAUACCGAAGAUAAUCCAUCUGGAGCCAGUGGUCACUUGAAAUGAAAAAAGCUUGUAUUUUUUUGUGUGUUUACAAGUAGUACAUUUUAUUUUCAGCUGUCUCCUUAAAGUUCGUUGUGUAGAAGGAUUUAUAAUGACCCUCUUUAUUCCAAGCAUGCAGUGAACUAUGAACUGGAAAAACUCAAAUCGGCCAAAAUAGAAUACACAAAGCUGACACUCGAGUUGACGUUUUUAUUGGAGCAGAAUGGGAAACAGUUAAGAAUGUAGAUAUUGAUUAAUUCUCAGUAAGUGUUCAUCUACUUAGUGACUUCAUUCUAGGUUUUUGAAUACUGAUGGAUAACUGCCUUUUUUUUUUUUUGCUUUGAUGUUUUCUUACUGUAGUUUCACAUGGUUCAGUGGGAAAAUGCUGCUAUCAAGUAUGCAGAUAUUGAAGUAUGAUCUUUUUUGACUGUACGGCAGUGUUGUAGCAGCCUUUUUUCUUUUUUUUUUUUCUUUUUUUUUUCUUUUUUUCUUUUUUCCCUUCCUGGUUUUUAACCUUAUCUGUAAAGUCAGGUGUUUUUUCAGUCUUCAGUAAUGAAAGCAAUAUUAAGAAGACACUAUUGAUACCUAAUUUUUAACCUUUUUUAAAAACCUUCCUGCGUUCAGUAACAUUUUGGUCAAUUCUCUUGUCUAGCCUCCUUCCAAAAUGUACACGUUGCUUGGAAUGUUCACAACCUGCGUGUGUGGAACCAGAAAAUAUUGCUGUAUUCUACAUUGCUACCAUUUUUUAUAAAAAUAAAUUGGUAACUAUUGAAACAAUUAAAA